GGGCAGCGCAGCCCGGCCCCGGGGCAGCCGCCCCGCAGGCACCGCGGAAGGGAUGAUCCGAGCGGCGCUCGGUUGGGCUCGCAGCUGAACGCGCCUCCAUCCCACCCUCCCUCCUCUUCUCCCUCCCUCUUUUUUUCUCUCUCUCUCUCUCUCUCUCGGCUCUCCUCCUCCCCUAACUCACUGGAUAUUACCAGCCGCCGGGCUCGCCGCCGCCUCUCCCCCAGCCAUGAAUCCCGCCGAAGGGGCGGCGGAGGAAGGCGCUGUCCCUGACUCCGAGGUGGAUGCUUUCUUCCGAACAGGUUCCUUUCGAAAUGAUGGUUUAAAAGCUGCUGAUGUCCUUCCUAUACUGAAAGAGAAAGUGGCCUUUGUGUCAGGUGGCCGUGAUAAACGAGGUGGUCCUGUCUUGACCUUCCCAGCCCGCAGCAAUCAUGACAGAAUAAGGCAGGAAGACCUUCGUAAACUUGUGACUUAUUUGGCCAGCGUGCCAAGCGAAGAUGUUUGCAAACGAGGAUUCACUGUUAUUAUCGAUAUGCGGGGAUCCAAAUGGGAUUUGAUCAAGCCUCUCCUGAAAACCCUCCAAGAAGCCUUUCCUGCUGAGAUUCAUGUUGCCCUGAUUAUAAAACCUGAUAAUUUUUGGCAGAAGCAGAAAACAAACUUCGGCAGUUCCAAGUUCAUCUUUGAGACAAGUAUGGUAUCUGUGGAAGGCCUGGCAAAGCUUGUAGAUCCUUCUCAGCUGACGGAUGAGUUUGAAGGGUCCUUGGAUUACAACCACGAUGAAUGGAUAGAGCUGCGUGUCUCCUUGGAAGAGUUUUUCAACAGUGCCAUCCAUUUAUUAUCAAGGCUGGAGGAUCUCCAGGAAAUGUUGGCUAGGAAGGAGUUUCCAGUUGAUGUUGAGGGCUCAAGAAGGCUGAUUGAUGAGCACACACAGCUUAAGAAAAAAGUGAUUAAAGCUCCUGUGGAAGAACUGGAUCGUGAGGGACAGAGGUUAUUGCAAUGCAUAAGAUCCAGUGAUGGUUUUUCUGGUAGGAACUGCAUUCCUGGAAGUGCAGAUUUUCAAAGUCUCGUGCCAAAGAUCACCAGCCUUUUAGACAAGCUGCAUUCUACCCGGCAACACUUGCAUCAGAUGUGGCACGUCCGCAAGUUGAAACUGGACCAGUGCUUUCAACUCCGGCUUUUUGAGCAGGAUGCUGAGAAGAUGUUCGACUGGAUCAGCCACAACAAAGAGUUGUUCCUGCAGAGUCACACAGAGAUCGGUGUGAGCUACCAGCACGCCCUGGACCUGCAGACGCAGCACAACCACUUCGCCAUGAAUUCCAUGAAUGCCUAUGUCAACAUCAAUCGAAUCAUGUCUGUGGCGUCGAGGCUCUCCGAGGCAGGCCACUAUGCUUCCCAGCAAAUCAAACAAAUAUCCAGCCAGCUGGAUCAAGAGUGGAAGAGUUUUGCUGCAGCUCUGGAUGAGCGCAGCACUAUCUUGGCCAUGUCUGCUGUCUUUCACCAGAAAGCUGAACAGUUCCUUUCAGGUGUGGAUGCCUGGUGCAAAAUGUGCAGUGAUGGAGGCCUCCCCUCAGAAAUGCAAGACCUGGAAAUGGCCAUCCACCAUCACCAGACCCUCUACGAGCAAGUAACACAGGCCUACACAGAGGUGAGCCAGGAUGGAAAAGCCUUGCUGGAUGUCCUACAGCGUCCCUUGAGUCCUGGGAAUUCUGAAUCCCUUACUGCUACUGCAAACUACUCCAAGGCUGUUCACCAGGUGUUGGAUGUGGUACAUGAAGUCCUGCAUCACCAGCGGCGCCUAGAAAGCAUCUGGCAACACAGAAAGGUCCGGCUGCAUCAAAGGCUGCAGCUCUGUGUUUUCCAGCAGGAUGUUCAACAGGUACUGGACUGGAUUGAAAAUCAUGGGGAAGCCUUUCUGAGCAAACACACAGGAGUGGGGAAGUCUCUACACAGAGCACGUGCGCUGCAGAAAAGACACGAUGAUUUUGAAGAAGUAGCACAGAAUACAUACACCAAUGCGGACAAGCUCUUGGAGGCUGCAGAGCAGCUGGCUCAGACUGGGGAAUGUGACCCUGAAGAGAUCUAUAAAGCAGCCCGGCAUCUGGAAGUUCGGAUUCAGGACUUUGUCCGGAGGGUGGAACAGAGGAAGCUUCUCUUGGACAUGUCAGUCUCCUUCCAUACCCACACCAAAGAGCUGUGGACAUGGAUGGAAGAUCUGCAGAAGGAGCUCUUAGAGGAUGUCUGUGCUGACUCUGUGGAUGCAGUUCAGGAGCUUAUCAAGCAGUUUCAGCAGCAGCAAACAGCCACCCUGGACGCUACCCUCAAUGUUAUUAAAGAAGGGGAAGAUCUAAUCCAGCAGCUCAGGGACUCUGCCGUUUCCAGCAACAAGACCCCCCACAACAGCUCCAUCAGCCACAUCGAAUCCGUCCUCCAGCAGCUCGACGAGGCCCAGGUACAGAUGGAAGAGCUCUUCCAUGAGAGGAAGAUUAAGCUAGACAUUUUCCUUCAGCUCCGGAUUUUUGAGCAGUACACCAUUGAGGUUACAGCAGAGCUGGAUGCUUGGAAUGAAGAUCUGCUGAGGCAAAUGAAUGAUUUCAAUACCGAGGACCUCACUCUGGCUGAGCAGCGAUUGCAGCGUCACACUGAGCGGAAACUGGCCAUGAACAACAUGACCUUUGAAGUCAUCCAGCAAGGGCAGGACUUGCACCAGUACAUUAUGGAGGUCCAGGCUUCAGGCAUUGAGCUGAUCUGUGAAAAAGACAUUGAUCUUGCGACGCAGGUUCAAGAACUGCUGGAAUUCCUUCAUGAGAAACAGCACGAGCUGGAGCUUAAUGCUGACCAAACUCACAAGAGGUUAGAGCAGUGCCUACAGCUCCGGCACCUCCAGGCUGAGGUCAAGCAGGUGCUUGGCUGGAUCAGGAACGGGGAGUCGAUGCUCAACGCGAGCCUGGUCAACGCCAGCUCCCUGUCGGAGGCUGAGCAGCUCCAGCGAGAGCACGAGCAGUUUCAGCUGGCAAUAGAGUCCCUCUUUCAUGCCACUUCCUUACAGAAGACACACCAGAGUGCCCUGCAGGUCCAGCAGAAGGCAGAAGUGCUGCUGCAGGCUGGACAUUAUGAUGCCGACGCCAUCAGAGAAUGUGCCGAGAAGGUGGCCCUGCACUGGCAGCAGCUGAUGCUGAAGAUGGAGGACAGGCUCAAACUCGUCAAUGCCUCGGUGGCCUUUUAUAAAACCUCUGAGCAGGUGUGCAGUGUGUUAGAGAGUCUGGAGCAGGAAUACAGACGGGAUGAAGACUGGUGUGGAGGCCGAGAUAAACUUGGACCAGCAGCUGAGAUCGACCAUGUCAUCCCUCUGAUUAGCAAACAUCUGGAACAGAAGGAGGCUUUUCUCAAGGCCUGUACCCUGGCCCGGAGGAACGCCGAGGUGUUCCUCAAGUACAUCCACAGGAACAAUGUCAGCAUGCCCGGAGUGGCCAGCCACACCAGAGGGCCCGAGCAGCAGGUCAAAGCCAUUCUGAGCGAGCUGCUGCAGAGGGAGAAUCGGGUCCUUCACUUCUGGACCCUGAAGAAGCGGAGAUUAGAUCAGUGCCAGCAAUAUGUUGUCUUUGAGCGCAGUGCCAAGCAGGCCUUAGACUGGAUCCAAGAAACAGGCGAAUAUUACCUCUCUACUCACAACUCCACAGGGGAAUCAGCAGAAGAAACUCAGGAACUCCUGAAGGAAUAUGGGGAAUUCAGAGUACCUGCCAAACAAACAAAGGAGAAGGUGAAGCUCCUCAUCCAGCUGGCUGACAGCUUUGUAGAAAAAGGACACAUACACGCCACUGAAAUCAGGAAGUGGGUCACCACCGUUGACAAACGCUACCGGGACUUCUCUCUCAGGAUGGGAAAAUACCGCUACUCCCUGGAAAAAGCCCUUGGAAUCAACCCAGAGGAUAACAAAGACCUAGAACUAGAUAUCAUUCCAGCAAGUCUUUCAGACCGGGAGGUAAAGCUGCGAGAUGCAAAUCAUGAAGUCAAUGAAGAAAAAAGGAAAUCAGCCAGAAAGAAAGAAUUCAUUAUGGCUGAGCUGCUGCAGACAGAAAAAGCUUAUGUCAGGGAUUUACAUGAAUGUUUAGAGACUUACCUUUGGGAAAUGACAAGUGGAGUGGAAGAAAUACCAGCUGGGAUCCUUAAUAAAGAACACAUCAUCUUUGGCAACAUUCAGGAGAUAUAUGACUUCCAUAACAACAUUUUUCUAAAGGAGCUGGAGAAAUAUGAACAACUGCCUGAGGAUGUGGGCCACUGCUUUGUCACCUGGGCAGAUAAAUUUCAGAUGUAUGUCACCUACUGCAAAAACAAGCCUGACUCCAGCCAGCUCAUCCUGGAACAUGCAGGGACUUUCUUUGAUGAAAUUCAGCAAAGACACGGGCUGGCCAACUCCAUCUCUUCUUAUUUAAUCAAGCCUGUCCAGAGGAUCACAAAAUACCAGCUCCUGCUGAAGGAGCUGCUGACCUGCUGUGAGGAGGGCAAAGGGGAGCUGAAGGAUGGCCUGGAAGUGAUGCUCAGCGUCCCCAAGAAGGCCAACGAUGCAAUGCACGUCAGCAUGCUGGAAGGGUUUGAUGAGAACCUGGACGUCCAGGGAGAGCUGAUUCUUCAGGAUUCCUUCCAAGUGUGGGAUCCCAAGUCUCUCAUUCGGAAAGGCCGUGAGAGGCAUUUGUUUCUCUUUGAAAUCUCUUUGGUGUUUAGCAAAGAGAUCAAAGAUUCUUCAGGACACACAAAAUAUGUUUACAAGAACAAGUUACUGACCUCAGAACUGGGAGUGACUGAACAUGUUGAAGGAGAUCCCUGCAAAUUUGCUUUGUGGUCUGGACGAACACCAUCCUCAGACAAUAAAACAGUGCUGAAAGCAUCCAGCAUUGAAACCAAACAGGAGUGGAUCAAGAAUAUCCGGGAAGUUAUUCAAGAAAGGAUCAUUCAUCUGAAAGGAGCCCUGAAAGAGCCAAUUCAGCUCCCCAAGACACCAGCAAAGCAGCGAAACAACAGUAGAAGAGAUGGAAUAGAUGAUGCAGACAGCCAAGGGGAUGGCAGCAGUCAACCUGACACCAUUUCCAUUGCCUCCAGGACAUCACAGAACACAGUGGACAGUGAUAAGCAUUUCGUCUACGGCAGAGACACAGGACAGUUGUCUGGAGGGUGUGAACUAACUGUGGUGCUCCAGGACUUUACAGCUGGCCACAGCAGCGAGCUGAGCAUUCAGGUGGGGCAGACAGUGGAGCUGCUGGAGAGGCCCAGUGAGAGGCCAGGCUGGUGUUUGGUGCGGACCACGGAGCGGAGCCCACCUCAGGAGGGGCUGGUCCCCAGCAGCGCUCUCUGCAUUUCCCAUUCCCGCAGCAGUGUGGAGAUGGAUUGCUUCUUCCCUUCAGGAAAAGACGCGUAUUCAGCCUCGUCCAAUGACAACGGGGGCAAGUCUGACUCAGUGGCCAACUUACAACCUCAGCCGUCCCUCAACUCCAUCCAGAGCUCUCCGGGCCCCAAGCGCUCCACCAACACCCUGAAGAAAUGGUUGACCAGUCCCGUGCGCCGCCUGAACAGCGGCAAGACCGAGAGCCACAUCAAGAAACAAAAGAAGGUGCGAGAUGGCAGGAAGAGCUUUGACCUCGGCUCACCGAAGACUGGAGAUGAGACCACUCCUCAAGGAGACAGCGCAGAUGAGAAGAGCAAGAAGGGCUGGGGAGAAGAUGAACCAGAUGAAGAGUCUCACACACCUCUUCCUCCUCCUAUGAAGAUUUUUGACAAUGAUCCAACCCAAGAUGAUAUGACCCUUGAAGGAGGAUCUUACCGAGGAGGCUUAAAAGAUGCCACUGGCUGCUUAAAUGAAGGAAUGACACCUUCAACUCCACCACGAAACCUUGAAGAGGAGCAGAAAGCCAAAGCAAUGAGAGGCAGGAUGUUUGUCUUAAAUGAGCUGGUGCAGACUGAAAAAGACUACGUCAAAGACUUGGGAACUGUUGUGGAGGGCUUCAUGAAGAGGAUGGAAGAAAAAGGAGUUUCUGAAGAUAUGAAAGGGAAAGACAAGAUUGUAUUUGGCAAUAUUCACCAGAUCUAUGACUGGCACAAAGACUUUUUCCUGGCUGAACUGGAAAAAUGUCUUCAAGAACCUGAGCGUUUAGCACAGCUUUUUAUUAAGCAUGAGCGGCGAUUGCACAUGUAUGUGGUGUAUUGCCAAAACAAGCCCCGCUCCGAGUACAUAGUAGCUGAGUAUGAGACGUACUUUGAGGAGGUUCAGCAGGAAAUAAGCCAGCGGCUGACCAUCAGUGACUUUCUGAUUAAACCCAUUCAAAGAAUAACUAAAUACCAGCUUCUUCUCAAGGACUUCCUGAGGUACAGUGAAAAAGCUGGUCUGGAGUGCUCCGAGAUAGAGAAAGCAGUUGAAUUAAUGUGCCUUGUACCAAAACGUUGCAAUGACAUGAUGAACCUGGGUCGUCUCCAAGGCUUUGAGGGCAAACUGACAGCCCAAGGCAAGCUGCUGCAGCAGGACACCUUCUACGUGACAGAGCAGGAUUCCGGGGUUCAGUCUCGGCCCAAGGAGCGCAGGGUGUUCCUCUUUGAGCAAAUAGUUAUCUUCAGUGAACUCCUUAGAAAAGGAUCUCUAACGCCAGGCUACAUGUUCAAGAAAAGCAUAAAGAUGAACUACCUUAUCAUUGAAGAAAACGUGGACAAUGAUCCCUGCAAGUUUGCUCUAAUGAGCCGGGAAACAUCAGAGAGAGUCAUUUUGCAGGCAGCUAAUCCAGAAAUUCAACAAGCUUGGGUACAGGACAUCAACCAGGUCCUGGACACGCAACGAGAUUUCCUGAAUGCGCUGCAGUCACCCAUCGAGUACCAGCGCAAGGAGAACAGCUCGGCGGUGCUGCGGCCCCAGGCUGGCAGGGUCCCUCAGCCCAACACCAGGCCCCAUUCCUCUAUUCCAGUAGGGUCUGAGAAGCCUUUGAAGGCUACAAGCCGUAACCCAUUUCUCCCACCCCUGAAGAUAUCUACCUCCAAUGGCAGCACAGGGUAUGAGCACUCACAGCCCGGAGACAAGUAUGAACAAAGCAAGACUGAUUUGGGAGGGUGCAAUGGGACCUCUUCCAUGGUGGUGAUUAAAGAUUACUAUGCACUGAAGGAGGAUGAGAUCUGUGUGAAUCAAGGAGAGGUGGUUCAGAUCCUUGCUAUCAACCAGCAGAACAUGUUCCUGGUGUACCAGCCCGCAAACGACCACUCUCCAGCCGCUGAAGGAUGGAUCCCUGGCAGUAUCUUGGCUCCCCUCCCUAAAUCCACUACAGAUAAUAGCGAUGGAAGCAUCAAGAAGUCAUGUUCAUGGCAUACCCUGCGCAUGAGAAAGCGGGCGGAAAAGGAGAGCAGUGGCAAAAAUGAAGCCAAUGGGCCACGUAAAUCCAAGGAUAUUCUGGGAAACAAAGUCUCUGUUAAAGAGACAAACAGCUCAGAGGAAUCAGAGUGUGAUGACCUUGACCCCAAUACUAGUAUGGAGAUAAUCAACCCCAAUUUCAUCCAAGAAGUGGCUCCAGAGUUUCUUGUGCCGUUAGUGGACAUCACCUGCCUGCUUGGGGACACAGUGAUGCUGCAGUGCAAAGUCUGUGGGCGACCCAAACCAACUAUAACCUGGAAAGGACCAGACCAAAACAUCCUUGACAAUGACAACAGCACAGCCACUUACACGGUGUCAUCCUGUGACUCAGGAGAGCUCACCUUGAAGAUCUGCAACCUGAUGCCUCAGGACAGCGGCAUCUACACCUGUGUGGCAACCAACGAGCACGGCACUGCAUCCACCUCUGCAACUAUCAAAGUCCAAGGUGUGCCAGCUGCCCCAAACCGCCCCAUUGCUCAGGAGAGAAGCUGCACCUCUGUGAUCCUACGCUGGCUACCCCCAACCAGUACAGGCAAUUGCACCAUUUCAGGCUACACUGUGGAGUACAGAGAAGAAGGCUCGCAGGUCUGGCAGCAGUCGGUAGCCUCAACUUUGGACACGUACCUGGUCAUUGAGGACCUGUCCCCGGGCUGCCAGUACCAGUUCCGAGUGAGUGCCAGCAAUCCCUGGGGGAUCAGCUUGCCCAGCGAGCCGUCCGAGUUCGUGAGGCUCCCGGAGUACGACUCUGCUGCAGACGGUGCCACUAUUUCAUGGAAGGAAAACUUUGACCUUGCCUAUGCAGAGCUGCAUGAGAUUGGGAGGGGUCGAUUCUCCAUAGUAAAGAAAUGUGUCCACAAAGCCACCCGGAAAGAUGUUGCUGUAAAAUUCAUUAGUAAAAAAAUGAAAAAGAAGGAGCAGGCAGCACAUGAAGCAGCUUUGUUACAACACUUACAGCAUCCUCAGUACAUCACUAUCCACGAUACCUACGAGUCUCCAACUUCUUACAUCUUAGUUUUGGAGCUGAUGGAUGACGGUCGCCUCUUGGAUUAUCUGAUGAACCACGAUGAACUUAUGGAGGAGAAGGUGGCGUUCUAUAUUAGAGAUACAAUGGAAGCCUUGCAGUACCUCCACAACUGCAGAGUGGCUCACUUGGACAUAAAGCCAGAAAAUCUGCUCAUUGAUUUAAGAAUCCCAGUGCCUCGUGUCAAGAUCAUUGAUUUGGAAGAUGCAGUCCAAAUCACAGGCCAUUACCAUGUCCACCACCUCCUUGGAAACCCAGAGUUCGCAGCCCCUGAAGUGAUCCAAGGCCUUCCUGUCUCCCUGAGCACGGAUAUCUGGAGCAUUGGGGUCCUCACCUACGUCAUGUUAAGUGGUGUCUCUCCGUUCCUGGAUGAAAGCAAAGAGGAGACUUGUAUCAACGUGUGCAGAGUGGAUUUCAGCUUCCCGCACGAGUAUUUCUCCGAUGUGAGUCACGCCGCCAGGGAUUUCAUCAACGUCAUCCUCCAGGAAGACUUCAGGAGAAGGCCGACAGCAGCCACUUGUUUACAGCAUCCGUGGCUGCAGCCGCACAAUGGCAGCUAUUCCAAGAUCCCACUGGAUACCUCCCGCUUGGCGUCCUUCAUCGAGCGCCGCAGGCACCAGUACGAUGUGCACCCGGUCCCCAGCGUCAAGAGCUUCCUGCUGAGCAGGAUGAACCCGGGCACGUAGUGCCUCCAUCCCUGGGAUCCUACGCUGCCGGUCCCGAGCCGGGUGCCGGGAGCACCGCUGGGAGCACGUGGAUCCAUCUGUACAUAUCCCAUGUUCCGUGUUUGCAUUCCACAACCGCAGGGUGGGAACCACUGCAGACGUGGCAAUCGGACCAAGGCAAAGGGGGUGACAGCAGCGGGGACACGCUCCCUCUCUCGGGGCACAUGGUAUUGUCACAUCCACCGCCAAAAAAAGAACUGCAGGAAGCAAACACCAACUGGGAAUGAGAGCCAAAAGUGCAGUUGCCUUAAUCUUUGUGAGGCAGCCUUAUAAGAAAUCCUCUUGAUCUUGCUGAACUGAAUUCAAAAUGUACAAAGGAAUAGGAGUAGGGUAGUGGGGGGGAAGUGAGACCAGGCUGACCUUAGCAUGUACUGCAGAACUGGACCAGUCGGGUUUUGCUGAAAUCAUUGCAAGCCUGCUCCAGGUUAUCGGUCAGAUUUCUCGUGCUCCAUAUGCCCCGGUCUGCCAUGAUUUCAGUGGGGACUUUGCCUGCAUAGGACAUGCAAGAUCAGGCUCCAGUCACUGCUGGAGCAGCUCCCGUGGUGGUGUGGCUUAGGUACACCCGUGUUGCGUGGUAGUGCUCAGACCCAAAUCCUCCAUUAAGCCCAUCCUUGAGCUUUCUGCUGUGUUAAGUCAACGUGCAGCACCUUUCGGAGCUACGAUUAAGGCAAUGAAUUCAUUAGAGCAUACAGCUGGUUCUGAUUAAGCACAAUGGGACUAUGAUGGGUUUUUUAAAAGCAUUUUAUACACAUUGUACAGAAAUCUUUUGCAAAACCUGUGCAUUGAGAAAAGGCAGAGUCCAAUUUUUGCAGUAUCUGUAAACUAGAUGAUGAUGGUGAUGAAGACAAUUUUUUCUAUCACAGGUUUUCAGUAUACAUAUAUUGUAUCAUAGAUAUAAAUAUAUAUAAAUAUAAAGGAUCCUGUUCCAUUUCUAGCUUCAGAAUUGCUUGGCCCAAAGUCCAUCUAAGCCUUUCAGAGUGCAGUAGGAGUGGUGAGUUCAUUCUUGUGCUUACAGCUUGAAAAUAGCUUUCUGUGUUUCAAGUAUGUAAUUUGUUCCAUUUCCAAACUUGUAAAUAUCUCUCAGCCACCAUUAGCACCUCAUAACCAAAGCAUUCAUGAGGAUGUUUUUAUGUCCAAAGCCCAAUUUGUAAUAAAAAAUAAUAUUCACAAUUAAAACAUUUCUCUCUUGCAAGCCAAGUUGCAACAUCAUCAUACUGAUGUUACAGUGAUGGAGCCAGCCUUGGUUACAACCAACAUAGGGAGUCUGCAGUGACAAAUCAGCAGUUUGUAGGUUGGCCAAAUCUUCCUUUCCAGAAAUGGGACUGGAAGGGAAAACCGGCUGGGGCUUCCCCAGCCUGCUGCCACACCAUAAAGCUCUACAGCCUUGAGGGGUUAGGAUCAAAGAUAGUUUUUCACUUGGCACGUGGGGACUUUGUCUCGGUGCUGAGUGCCAUUUGUGUGCCUGCAAUGGGAAAUGGUAGUUGUUACCAAAGGUUUUCCUAAGGAAAAGGGCUUGAUCUGACCACGUGUGCUCAUAUAGACUCUUGUAAAGGAGAGAGAGUCAAAUCUCGUUUACCAUCCAAGUAACUGCACUGUGAGCCUGCAGGAGCAAGCGCUUUCUCUGCAAGUACUGUUAAAUUCUCAGGGCUUUGAUAGCCCAUUUUUGAUCCACCUCCAAGCUCCCAUUCACAGCAGAGAGGAGACCUGGCCCUUCUCUUUGUGCUUGCUCUAUCACUACACCAGAGCGGUCAGUAUUUUGUUAGUGGAGAAGAGAACACCGCGUACAACAAAGAACAGCCCUUGAGAUUGGGAAGCCACAGGCAGAAGGGUGAGCCCAGGUUCCUCAGCAGAGUCAGAAGUGGGUCUGUGAGAGAUGUAAGACAGGGAGGGAGUGUGGAAAGGUUUGAAAGAGACAAGUGUUCACAGAAGGUUCAGCUUUUUGAAUCAUCUAGAACCUAUCUCUGUUCCUUUCAGAUUUUCUAAGCAAUCCAGCAGCACCUCUUAGAUAAAGACCAGACUCUCAUCCUGAGCAACAGUGCAAAGUAUGCAAUUUCUUAGCAACUGAGUACAGACAGCAGUCAAGGGGGGUCUCUAAUUGCCACCAGCCUCAGGUAUUUUCUUACAGACAGGACUGCCUGUAAUUCUUCCUAUUUGUCAAAGCUGGCUCUUUGCGCUGUGAUUGUGCUGCCCUUAAAAAACGGUUUGUGGAAGUGUGGUCUGUAAAAUCCACAGCUUUUAUUAGGCCCAUGGGUACAGUUUAAGCCACCGGCUUUCUGCUUGGCAUUAAUACAAAUUCUCACGAAAUUUGGAGUUAUUUAGCAUUUUGUUUUCCUACGUCCUGCAUUCAUAUGUCAAACUACAACAGCAGAUACUUUGGAUGCACAGGGGGAAAAAGCUGGACCGUUUAAGGUAAUAUUUAAGCCUCUCAUUGCUAUCAAAUAACAGAAAAGAAAACCUAAAAGGCUGAAAGAGAGAGGAUAUAUGAUUAGGUAUUGGUACUCAGAUUCCAAAAAGACUCCUUGUUGAGAGAGCUGGAGGUGCUGAACUCUGAAGAUGUUGAAUGUUCUGAGGUUACUUUCUUUUGUAGUUUUGCUUUUUUCCAUAUUCAUGUUAGAACACCUCUCCUGGACACCAUUCUUCUUUCAGGAAUACUUGACCCAGACAGAACUUCCACAUAACAUUUGUGAUUAUCAGCUGUUCUUGCUUUUGACUGAAUUAAUACAAAAUUGAUGUGCAAUGCUACCAUAUGAUAAAUGCAGAGGAAGUAUCCUGACUUUGCUCUUUCAAAGUCUUUUAAAGCCAACCUGUGGGGCCUCUGCAGAUACAACAGGUCCUGCAACUCUGUUGAAAAUGACAACUCCAUUGUAAAGAGAUUACAGAGGCUCAGUGAGUAGGCCUGGAGUGCACCUGCUGGGUGACAAGCACCACGGCCAAUGCCCUGUGUAGCAUUCUUCAAUGACUGGAUAUUUUGGUGUAUGAAAUAUUGUCCGUAACAAACACAGUUUCUUAGUGAAGCUCCCCAGAGAAUAUCUGACUCCAAGGGGAAGAUUUCCACCUGCAGCUGUGUACCACUCAGGGUGUUCCCAAAACAGCUUGAAGGUGUGGUGGCAGCUGCUUUCUUUCACUUCUGCAGCAGCUUCCAACCAUCCAGGACGACCAACAGGAAUUCUGGCACAAGCUCUGUGUGGAGCAGCACUGUGCACACAGCCACUGCCAUCAGACAUCUCCACAGUGCUCUUACCCUGCUCUGACAGCAAAGUGUGGCACUCAGGUGCUGGGUGACAGGAGGGCAGCAGCAAAGGUGCUGGUGACACAAUGUCCAGAGGACACACCGGGGGCUCCUUAUUUAAGAUGGCUUCAUUUCAUGAAUGUGCAAUGAGAAAUUAACUCGCCUCUCUCUCUGCUCCACUUGGAGCAGCCAGGCCAGGGCAGGAAUUCUGCUGGCCGGUGUAAACUGCCAGCCCCAUCAGGUGUUGGGGGCACUUGCUGCCCUGUGGGAGGUCCCACCUACCCCCAAGCUGCCAAGCCCUCUGUGCAUGGGGGAGAUUUGAGUACCUUAAAACAAUCCCGGCUUUAAAAUUUACAAAAUGUCUCUCUCUUCUCAGUGAUACCAACAAGUUUCUUUUAGUCUUACUGCCCUUUCUUUUUAAAAGACUAUGGAUUGGGUUUUUUCAGUAACAUUAUCUUUUUACUUCUAAGUUAAUGCUAAGACAAAGCCUGUGCCCUCAACUGACCCCACGCUGUGACUUCAGUGGAGUUCAUUAGCAUUUCUGACAAUGCUAUUAGACCUCUGCUACAAAUACUGUGCAUACAGGCUGAAUGCAGUAACCUGACUAUAUAUAACCCUGUUUUAAUGUCCUUGCACUGAGGGCACUGUGUCAAGUAACCUAGGAUAAUAUAAACUUCAGAGACAGAUGUAAAGGCUUCUCUGUGCACAUAAAGGUCCAACAGAAAAUUUUCAUGCACAGGGGCUCACCACCUUUUUUUUGUUCUUGUUCCUUUCACAGCAGAGGUGGAUUCUCCUCUAACACAGGGCUUGGGUUUCCUUUCGAGCUCAUUCACUCAUGUCCCAUCAGAAAAUGGUGCUUUCCCAAGGAAAAAAAAUCAAAUCCCAUUUUACUAGGCUGACUGCACACUGCCAUCAAGUGAUGUACUCUCGUUCUGGGAUCUGUAUAGUGCUGAGUGUUUCCAUAGCGUCAGGAUGCUGAAUGUUUGCUGUAACUGUAGUCUUUAUUAUGGAGCUAAUGAAAAACCAACAUCUUCUCUACUCAAGCCAUAUUUCACCUUCAUGUCCAACUUCUGAUGCUGGUGCUUUUACUUCUCUUUCUACCAAACUGUUCAACACUGCUCUGCCACUGAGGUCAAUUUGCUAAUAACUUUUGGAAAGCAAAUGCAAUAGCAAGUGGAAAAAACAAAACAAAACAAAUCAAUCUCAGACUUAUUCACCGAGAUAAGAGCAAACAGUUGGAACGUGUUGAUGCUUUUCAAUCCUAGCAACAAUUCACUGAAGGAGGAAAAAAGAAACAGUAUUGCUAACAGCUCAGCAUUUUCAAGGUGCAAAGUAAUUCCACAGCCUUAAUUAUUUCAGUGUAUUGCUGGUCUGCCUUAAAUGUAUCUUCAGUUUUAUUGCGGAUUUCAUUUUGUAUACACACAAUGUUGGUUUGUAAAGGCAGGUUUGUAAAUAUUUCCUUUGUAAGUCUAAUCACUCAUGUGUACUGUUGUGAGGUGACUACUUGCUGUCCCAUGUUGUUGUUACUAUACUGCAGUAUAUAUGAUCAUCUACAGAUGUAGCUUCGACCUGUACAUCUCCUGUCCUUGCAUUCCCAUAAAUAGAGUAUAAUAAAGACUCCGU